AUGGCUGCGACUUCAAUACCGGUCAGGAUCUCCCCUCAAGCCAGCCGUGCGGGAAGUCGACAUAAACGUGCAUCUUCAGAUACCAGAAGGCCAAACGAGACACAAUUGUUGCAUGCUAUUCCCCUCAUCGAAUACCUGCAAUUAGACGAGCGGCCAACUUUUGUAGUUGAUAUCGUCGACACUGUCAAUCUCAACCCCUCUGGUCUCAAUUUGAUCUUUGCAAACACCGCGCUCAAGUCCCGCAAUUCUCUAUUCGACCAUGUACAAGGACGGUCCGAAGACUCUACUCAGUUACUAGAUUUGGGAACUCCAUUCUCGGAUUUCAAGGCCUGGGCUCUCAGCCCCCUAACAGAGCCCGAUAUCGUCCCGACAUUUCCUUUUGCCGGAUGGCUGUGGCAAGGCGCCCUAAUACGAAAAAGACUGAAGGUCAUCCAUGGUCGGCAACAUCCUUUUUCCACCCCUUUGGUGGCGGAUGGUGGUGGUGGUCGGCUCGGUAUGCAGCAAUAUCAAGGCCUUGGUUCAGCGUCUGCGUCCACCAGUGGAGGCGCUCGCGGGGACACCGAAUUGCAAAGCUACUUCGACAUUCCCCCGCGCACCAGCGGCGAGGUGCCACGCACUCUCAAUCGCUUGGUGACAGAAGCUAUACCAGACGUCUCCCCGAACGGUCUCGACCCGACAUCACCUGUGCCGAGCGGGGAUCUGACAUACUCGGAGCUCUUGUCGGGCUCUUUUCAGGCAAGCUCCGAUCAGAGAGUGAUCUCGGCCGGCGCGCACAUUAAUCUAGACACCGACAUGGUAACUGUUGACGAGAAAGGGUAUUUUGAUUGGACACGUUUGCCCAUGUCGCCCUCUCUCCCAGCGCAUAUCCGAUUUGCCAGAGGCGUUGACUGGAGUGCCACUAGUCUGGGCCCGAUCCAGGACUGGUCUGUCGAACUUCGGGGGAUGUGUAACUUGAUCAUGGCCAGUCCGCACCCUUCAGCCAUGUACUGGGGACCAGACCACAUAGCCAUAUAUAACGAAGCCUAUGUUCUGCUGGCAGGCCAAAAGCAUCCGGCGUUGAUGGGCGCGCGCUAUCGCGAUGCGUGGUUUGAGAUCUGGGACGCGUUGAAAGGAGUCUUCGACAAUGCUUUCAAAAACGCUCAGGCGACCAUGAAAGAUGAUGACUGCCUCUUCAUUAUGCGCAACGGCUUCUUGGAAGAGACCUAUUUCUCCUGGUCUAUAAUCCCGCUUAUUGGAGCCGAUGGCGGAGUCGUUGGGCUGUAUAACCCGGCAUUUGAGAAGACGCGUCGCAAGAUUGCGGAGAGGCGCAUGCUGACACUGCGCGAGAUUGGCGAACGGACGGCUGCGGCCCGAGAAGUCUCUCAGUUCUGGGGCUUGCUGCUUCAAGGUCUCGAAUACAACGAAUACGAUGCUCCAAUGGUUUUGGUCUAUUCUCUCAACGAGGACUUGGCGGAGAGCGAAGUCGCUUCCUCGGGCUCCAGCGGCGCUGCCUCCAACAAAGUUUGCUACCUCGAAGGCAGCUUGGGUAUUCCCGCUGGCCAUAGAUCAGCACCUCCUGUUAUUGACAUGAAGACGGGCACCAGGGGUUUUGCCGCUUCAUUUAGACAGGCACUCACAACCGAUAGACCGAUCGUCCUCCGGGUCGACGACGGCAGUCUCGACCCCGACAUGCUGGAAAAUAUUGAAUGGCGAGGAUUUGGCGAUCCCUCCAAAAUCGUGGUGAUAUCACCCAUCCAUCCUACUACCGGGGAGUCAACCUUGGGGUUUCUCGUUAUGGCUACAAACCCAAGACGACCGUACGAUGAAGAUUACGAUCUGUUUGUUCAGCUUUUAGGCCGCCAGCUCGCCACUUCGAUUGCAUCAGUUGUCUUGUUUGAGGAUGAAAUCAAGAAAGGCGAGAGAGCCGCUCAGCUGGCGGCCCAAGACCGGAUUGAGCUCAGUAAUCAACUUUUGGCCAGGACUCAACAAGCGGCCGAGGCAGAGAACAAAUUCGCGAGAAUGGCGGAACUUGCACCAGUCGGAAUCUUCAUCGGGAACCUCGACGGCAAGAUCAACUUCGCCAACGAUGCCUGGUAUAAUAUCUCUUCGUAUCCUCGUGACGUGCCGGUUGACAACGAGUGGAUCGAAUACGUUCUAGAAGAAGAUCAAGCGAAAGUCCGGGAGUUGUGGACCACUAUGCUGGAGAAGAGAUGUGCAAUAUCACUGGAAUUCCGCUUCAAGAGCCCAUGGGGGGACAAGCUCGGAAACACGGGGCAAACCUGGGUACUUACUAGUGCUUCACCUGAACGAGACGAGGACGGGCGAAUCCGACAAAUCUUUGGGUCAAUGACUGAUAUCAGUGCACAAAAGUUCGCCGAAAGUCUACAGACCCGUAGAAUGGAGGAAGCCGUCGAACUCAAGCGCAAGCAAGAGCGGUACAUCGAUACUACCUCGCACGAAAUGCGUAACCCGUUGUCCGCCAUACUGCAAUGUGCUGAUUCAAUCACCGGCUCCCUAAGCGAGAUGCGGGAUGCCAACGGGCUGACCAAACCUCAGCAGGAAAUUCUUGACCUCACUAUCGACUCUGCUCAGACUAUAACGCUAUGUGCUCAGCAUCAGAAAAGGAUUGUGGAUGACGUUCUAACGCUGUCGAAGCUGGAUUCGGCCAUGAUGGCGGUCACUCCUGUCGACACACGGCCUAUAGCCGUUGUACACAAGGUGCUGAAAAUGUUUGACGCAGAGUUGAAGACGGCAGACAUUAGAUUGGAGUUGAAGAUCGACACGUCCUUCACAGCCCAGGAAAUCGAUUGGGUCCGAAUAGAUCCACAUCGGCUUUCACAAGUCUUGAUCAACUUGAUGACCAAUGCGAUCAAAUUCACCACGACGCAAGAGAAUCGAGUCAUACGCAUGCACAUUGCCGCUUCGGAGGAAAAACCGUCUCAAGAGGACAAAUGGAGACUCACGUAUAUCCCUUCUCGGUCUCCCAAGGAAAAAGAUGUAACCGCAGCCGCAGAAUGGGGCUUAGGCGAGCCCGUGUAUCUCCAUUUUGCAGUGCAAGAUACCGGACGUGGUCUGGAUGAACUGGAAAAGAAACAGCUCUUCCAGCGGUUCUCUCAAGCUAGUCCCCGCACGCACGUCACAUAUGGUGGCUCCGGCCUUGGUCUCUUCAUUUCCAGAGAACUGGUCGAGCUUCAGGGGGGUGAAAUCGGCGUCGCCUCGGAGAGUGGAAAAGGGAGCAUAUUUGCGUUCUAUAUCAAAGCUCGCCGUAGUAAGGGGGAUAUUGCCACCCUGGAAGAGAUCCCGGGUUCUUCAGCACCACAUAGCAGGAAGGCAUCCAAGACAACGCCGCUGACGGGCCUGGCCAUGCAAGUGCUCCAACCACCAUCUGGAGCUUCGCUCGCUUCUGCGAAGACAGCCUCCGCCAGUCUAACCACGCAAGCCGACGCCGUCCACGUUCUCAUCGUCGAAGACAACUUGAUCAACCAAAAAGUACUUGCAGCACAGCUUCGCAAGAUCGGUUGCGUUGUCCAUGUGGCCAACCAUGGGGGCGAGGCCAUUGAGCAAAUCCGCAAGUCAAAAUUUCAUAGCGACCAUGUCACGGAUGGUGUCAAGGUCGACGUUGUGCUCAUGGAUCUGGAGAUGCCUGUCAUGGACGGGCAGACUUGCGCACGGAAACUCCGGGAGAUGCAAGAGACUGGAGAAUUGGUAGCGCACGUCCCUGUCAUAGCAGUCACAGCGAAUGCGCGAGCUGAACAGAUCGAAAUGACAUUGCAGAGCGGAAUUGACGAUGUCGUGAGCAAGCCGUUUCGGCUGCCUGAGCUGGUGCCCAAGAUGAAGGACGUUCUCGCCAAGUUCAAACGAGAUGGUGAAAGAGUGUAG